CUUCUAUUGAACAUUUCUUCAUACAGGUACCUGGAACAUGGCCGCUGAUGAACAAAGGUUUCUUCUGCAAGGUAUGCGUCUGCAUCAAGGCACGUGUUUGUACAUCGAAGCAUGUGCUGAGGGGUAUCGCUUCAACUUUGUCACCUCUAGACCUACCUGCGAUGCUUGUUAUUUCCUUGUUCUUCAAAAGCAUUGCCUGUGGUGCCUGGAGCAGUCCACCUGUCCUUUAGGUGAACGGUGCUAUAAUUUCUUCCGUAAAUGGUUCAGGUUUCCUCCAGAAAAGGACGAAUUCGUUUGGGAAACUGAUGAGGACCCGUUCAGACCGGUGAUGGACAUUCUGCACCACGCUGACAUGUUCUCCCCAGAUGGAAUGUGGAUAGAUUCCAUCCAGAACUUUGUCUAUGAUCUUUCUGCAGGACUUAAGCUGAUCACCCGUAUCGUUCAUGUGCGUAGGGCUAUUACCCUUGCCCAAUCGUUUGGAGUUCCUGCCAGCUCGCUGGGUGCGCCAAGCACUCACAGUUUUCUGUUCACGGAAUUCGUCAUGCAAAGCACCUUUCUAACGUACUACACCAUCAUCUUCUGUGGCUAUGUUCUAUGGACAACUGAACCAGCGAAACAUCGUGAUUGGAAUUCUCGUCCUAUCCUUUGUCACAAAUUUCACACAAUCAGGAAAGACUCAAUGGUAUUCUCAUCGAAAUGUCACGGUGGUGUUUUGAGGUUUCAUCAUGAGGUGUGGUCUGCACUGCAGUCUCACAGUUCUAUAUCUGCUCUUUUGCCGGACUGGAUCAGACGACUAUCACCCAUUCCAUUAAAAAAAAAAGGCAAGUGAGUCUGGACAUCAAGGACAGGAACUGAAAGCUAAACC